GUUGAUACUGGCGAUAUUCUUGUUUUUCUCACUGGCAGGAGUUCAUCGGCCUAUGCUACGCCAUGGCAGGCAUUGCCGGUCUGUCUAAUAAAACUGGCCAUUUGGGAGUAUCAAAUAGAACUUAUGGAAGAUUGAUCAGUGCUGCAUUGGACAAUUGGAAAGUGUGCAAUAAUCAAAUGGACUAUGAAAAACCAUUUUCCCACACUCUAUGAAUCAUUGGCCAAUAUUUCAGUGGAUGGUGAUGACACUGGUUUUUCUUUGUUCAUCGGCUUAUAAUAUGCUUCUGCUUAAAAAACUUGUUCUUAAGAGAUGCUUCCUUCAUUGUUAUAUAUUUGGAGGUGCUGUUCUCAUAAAGUUGGUCCCUUGGUUUCUUGCCAAUCAAGAGAGCAGGAAUGGAAACCUCUUACCAAACGCCUCUCUAACUUUCGGAUGGGAUAUCAAAAGCAUGCAACUCUGUGUCAUGCUUCUCUUAUUGUCUUACAUAAAUGUCCACCGCCUAGGUUGAGAUCUUCAAGUCUUAAUACAUCUUGCAGAACCUUCACAAUGUCUGUUAGUUUGGAGAAGGAAACUACCUCAGAAUCAGAGGAAGGACCCUCUAGUAAUGUUGACGACUCUGUGCCCGAAGAUGGCGAGCACUUAGAUUCUAAUAAUCUGAAUGCGCUGCUGACCGAUACUGUUAGGGCAAAUCUUACCAAGAAGCUCAGUGAUGCUAACCAACACAAUCGAUACCUUAAGCGCCAGUUACAAGUAAAGGAAGAUGCUCUGCUGAAAUUCAAAAGUGAUCUUGCACUAAUGGAACUUGAACUUGAGUCAUUAGUGGGGCUGACGGAGGAAGUGACCAAGGCCGGCAUCCCACCAGGAACAAGGAAGAUUGGAGGGAAAUAUAUCCAUUCUCAUGUUCUUUCAAAACUGCAAGUACUUCGUGACAAAUUAAAGGAACAGAUAAAGGAUAUUGAUGCGGUUAAAUUCCAUGAUGUCGAGCUGGUCUGGUAUGGGAUGGCUGAGGAUGUGCAGGUCAUGGGUUCCUUUGAUGGAUGGAGUCAAGGAGAACAUAUGUCAGCAGAGUACACAGGAGGUUUCACCAAAUUCUCUACCACUCUGAAGCUCAGGCCUGGAAGGUAUGAGAUCAAGUUUUUGGUGGAUGGAGAAUGGCAUCUGUCUCCUGAGUUUCCGACUACAGGAGAGGGUCUUUUGAAAAACAAUUUGCUGAUUAUGGAAUAGCCUCUGGAAUCACGAGGUGGGAUAUUUGUUGCUGAAAAUUUUUUAAUUUUUUUUCUUUUUUUCUUUUUUAUGCUGUUAAUGGGUUACUAGUUUUUAUUUUCAUUGUGCAUAUUCAUGGACAUAUAUUCCACUGUUGGUUGUACGAUUUGGUAGCAAGAAGUUAGUCAUACAUACAUGGCAACCAUCUCCUGUUUUAAGUAAGCAGGUCAGAGAAAAAUGUUGAAUAAAAUGGUAGCAUAACUCCCA